AUGAAUACAAAAAUCCAAGAAAAAAUAUCAAAUCCAAAUUUUAUACAAAAUACAUUCCCUCUUAAUUUGACAGACUUAAGUGAGAAUAAUCCAUAUAGAGCCAUGAAUUUUAGUUAAAAUUUUAUAUAUAUAUUUAGUCAAUGGAAUUUGGAAAUAUGCUUCAAAUUAUCUAGAAAUAUUAGAUCCUCUUAAUGGUGAUAAGUUCAUUCUUGUUCCAAACAAUUUAGUAUUUCAUUAUUAUUAAUAUUUUAGACUGAAGAAGAAAUUAAUGAAUAUAGUGAUGCUGCCAAAUAAUGUCCUAAAACUGGUCUUCAUAAUCCACUCAAAAAUCCUGAAAGAUAUAAUCUAUAUGGAGAAAUCUUUCAUAGAGCUUCAUUCCUUUUAGGAUUACCUCAAGUUGAAGAUUAUUUUGUUCAUUUGAUACAAAGAGUUGCUCCAAAAAGUGAAAUCUAAGCAAGAGGAGAAGUUAAAGUCACUCAAAGAUUUUUAAUGAAUUUCUCUGGAGAUUAAUGUCGUUUUUUAACCAGAUCCUUUAAUGUAAGUGGGGAUGUAUAAGGAUAACAAUCAAGUGGAUAUAGAUUCCCAUAUGGACCUGUUGCUAUUAUUGCACCUUUUAAUUUCCCUCUUGAAAUACCUGCUCUUUAAAUGAUGGGAGCUUUACUUACAGGAAAUAGAUUAACAAUUAAAGGAGAUUAAAGAGUAUCAGUUGUUUUGGAGAUGUUUCUUAGAUUGCUUCAUUUAGCUGGAUUACCUCCAACAGAUUGUGAUUUGAUUCAUUGUGAUGGUCCCUAAAUGGAAUCAUUACUCAAAAGAACUAAUUUUAGAUUAUUGUAAUUUACAGGUUCCUCUGGUAUUGCUGAAAGAUUGUGUAAUGUUAUGAAUGGAAAAAUUAAAAUUGAAGAUGCUGGUUUUGAUUGGAAAAUACUUGGACCAGAUGUUAUUGAAUUUGAUUAUGUUGCUUAUCAAAGUGACUAAGAUGCUUAUGCAUUCAGUGGUCAGAAAUGUAGUGCUUAAUCAAUAUUAUUUGCACAUAAAAAUUGGUAUUACUAUAUCAUAAUUUUAGGGUUCAAGCAGGAAUUCUUGAUAAAAUUAAAUUAUUAGCAGAAUAGAGAAAUCUAAAAGAUUUAACUAUUUGUCCUAUACUUACAUGGAAUAAUCAAAGAAUUUAAGCACAUCUUGAUAAAUUAAUAGCUAUUUAAGGUGCUAAAGUUCUUUUUGGUGGAAAGCCUAUUAGUGAAUAACAUAAGAUACCAGAAUGCUACGGUUCUUACCUACCUACAGCUGUUUAUAUUCCUUUAUAAUAAAUCAAAGACAAUUUUGAGUUAGUUACAACAGAAGUAUUUGGACCAUUUUAAGUUGUUACUGAGUAUGAAAAUGAAGAUCAUGUCAUUGAAAUACUUGAAUAUAUACCUCAUAAUUUGACAGCAGGAGUAGUUUCUAACGAUAUUAGAUUUGUUUAAAAAAUAUUAGCUAAUACAAUUAAUGGAGUAACAUACGCAGGUAUCAAAGCCAGAACUACAGGGGCUCCUUAAAAUCACUGGUUUGGACCUUGUGGAGAUCCAAGAGGUACUGGUAUCGGUUCACCAGAAGCUAUAAUCUAAACUUGGACCACUCAUAGAGAAAUUAUUAUGGACAUUGGAACAACUCCAAAAACCUUAACAUAAAGUUGAA